AUGGCUUCAUUCACAAUCACUGAAGCGGCCAGAUUGAACUUUUUUUCACAUGUUCCUGUGCUGAAGAACUUUGUGGAACACCUAAGGCGUAAAAAUUUUAAUGUUUGUGUUGUGUAUUUACUUGAUUCUCAGUUUAUCACAGAUGUGACCAAAUUCAUAAGUGGUUGCAUGGCUUCACUCUUUGCUAUGGUUCAACUUGAACUAUCCCAUGUUAACAUUCUCUCAAAAAUGGAUCUUGUGACAAACAAAAAGGAUGUUGAGAAUUACUUGGAUCCAGAGCCUCAUCUGUUAUUAGCAGAGUUGAAUCAGCGAAUGACUCCACAAUUUUAG